GACUGACAGACAUUAUCCGUAGAUGGCCGAUGGGUAGCUCUCUCACUCUUUUUCACCAUAAACAAUGCAAGCCUUCUCGCCCUCCUUCGCCGUCUGUUCCUAUUUUCCGAUACGACGCUGUCGCAUCACCACCGCCUCUCCCCGCAAAUCCAACCUCAAGCGACUCACCUCCCGCGUCGUCCAACUCACUCGCCGACGACAGCUCCACCAGAUAAUGGAGGAGAUAGAGAUCGCUAGAGAACGGUACGGGAAGCUGAACACGAUAGUGAUGAACGCGGUGGUGGAGGCGUGUGUCCAUUGCGGCGACAUCGACUCUGCACUUAAGGUGUUCGACGAAAUGUCUAAGCCGGGGAGCUGUGGCGUUGAUACUGUCACAUAUGCUACACUUUUGAAGGUACUAUUUCUCUUUUUUCUUUUUUUGAAUUUGGAUGCCAUGGAUUUGAUAAUGUGUUUUGUUAUAAAGGGAUUGGGCGGGGCGAGGAGAAUCGAUGAGGCAUUUGAAGUGCUUGAAUCCGUUGAACGCGGUGUUGCUGUGGGAAGUCCAAAGUUGUCAGCACCUCUUAUUUUUGGACUGCUGAAUGCUUUGGUUGAAGCAGGAGAUUUACGCCGAGCUAAUGGACUUCUUGCACGGUAUGGUUUUCUGCUUCGAGAAGGUGGCAGUCUUUCGCUCAGAGUCUACAACUUAUUAAUGAAGGUUCUGCACUCACCUAUAUGGUUUGCUGCUUUUGAUUUUCAGGGAUGUAUUAAUUCAGGCCUUCCUCAGGGUGCGAUAGACAUGCACAACGAAUUAAUACGUCUAGGGUUGAAGCCUGAUAGGCUCACCUAUAAUACUCUAAUAUCUGCAUGUGUAAAAGCUGGGAAGUUGGAUGCCGCAAUGCAAUACUUUGAGGAAAUGAAGGAUGAAGCGCAGAAAUUUAGUGAUGCUGGUCUAUUCCCUGAUGUCAUCACCUAUAGUACAUUGCUUAAGGGUUUUGGGGAUUCCAAAGACAUCCUUAUGGUUCAUAAGAUUGUUUCAGAAAUGAAAACAUAUAUUGGUUUGUUCAUUGAUCGAACAGCAUAUACGGCAGCAGUUGAUGCUUUGCUAAAUUGUGACGCAAUAAAGGGUGCUUUAUGUAUUUUUGGAGAAUUACUAAAGCAGGCUGGUGGAAAUCCAGAGUUGCGACCCAAACCUCACCUCUAUCUUUCCUUGAUGCGUGCCUUUGCUGUUAGAGGAGAUUAUGACACAGUAAACAGUCUGCAUAAGCACAUGUGGCUAGAUACUGCUGGAACUAUCUACCCAAUGAUUCAUGAAGAAGCUGAUCAUCUUGUAAUGGAGUCAGCUUUAAAUGAUGGGCAGGUAGAUUUGGCCAAAAAUUACCUUGGAACCAUCAUUACAAGGUGGAAGAGAAUAGCGUGGACAAGUCGAGGAGGCAUGGUUGCUCUACGCACAGAGGCCUUGUUGGGAAACACAAAAUCGAUAUUGACUCCUUAUCUACUUCCUCAGGUAUUGGCUAGUGAUCCGAUUGAGAGUGUGAUGAUGCCCUUUGAAGCAGCUCGGCCACUUCUUGGGACUGUGAAGUUGAGUGAGGUGGCUAUGCGUUUCUUUAGAGAUUCAGCAGUGCCUAUCAUAGAUGACUGGGGUAACUGCAUUGGAGUAUUGCACCGUGAAGACUGUACAGAGUUGGAUGCCCCUCUUUCUUCAAUGAUGAGAAGCCCACCUCCCUGUGCGGUAACAACAACAUCGAUUGGCCAUGUGGUGGAUCUAAUUGUGAAGCACAGAUUCAAAAUGGUAGUCGUAGUAAACCAUAGCUCCUUGUUUGGUGGUACUGCAAAUUUGAGGGCUGUUGGUGUUUUUACAGCUGAGCAACUGUGUAAACUUGUCACACCAGUAUCAGAAACACCACGAUUGAAACCUUCUUUCUGUAGAAGUUUAACAAUGUGCUGUGUAUGAGACUAAUAUCCUCCUUGUAAAUACAAUUUUGUUAUAUAUUGUAGUGAAAACAUUUUUUCAAGGGUUUAGACUUUAUAAGCUAAA